AUGAAUCUUGUUCCAUUUCAUAGACUUACAACAUCUGAAUCAACUUGUGCGGAAAUAGAAAUCACUCAGAGUGAAAAGAAAUUUUGUAGCUGUCGACAUGACGUCACACAAUUAGCUCGUUUAGUUGCACCCGUUUGUCAGCUUUCAUAUGUGCUUGUAAAAUUAUUGCAAUUUAAGAAGCAAGACAAGACAAGACAAGUAAAUGAAAAUGAAAAAUGUCUGAACUGA